AUGAGGAGGCCGCCCGUGCGGUUUCCCCGCCUUGCGGCCAACGUCGGUCCCCAACGAUCACACCUCUACGACUACAGCCCACGACGCCUUCAAACUCCUGCCUCACACCGGUACAGCAGGAAUUUCACAUCUUUCAGUUCCCCGCUAUCAUCUUCCCACUUCAAUCGCUCCGAUUUUACCAGUCAACCCUUCACUGGAAGCUAUGAAGCUGGCCUUCCUACUUCCGGGCCCUUGGCCUCCGCACCUGCCUUUGGAACUCCGAGGUUGACACCCCGGAUGCUGAAACAGUAUCUUGAUCAAUUCGUUCGCAUCAUGGAGUUGCAGAGACAGGAAGAGGCUGCAGCGGAGAUGAUGGCGCAGAGGGAGAGGAGGGCGGCGAUGGACGCUCAUCCUUUGGACAACGAGUAUACAGGCCACCAACGAACGAUCAACCUUGAACCACCAAUGCAAGACACAAUCGAAAGUCGACUGGGUCGCUCAUCGUCGUUAACGGAUACGUCCUCGACACAAAUCGAAAAGUCAAACAUCUUAUUACUUGGACCCUCGGGUGUGGGAAAAACGCUCAUGGCCAAGACUCUAGCUCGAGUGCUGGACGUACCCUUCAGCAUGUCCGACUGCACCCCAUUCACCCAGGCAGGUUACAUUGGAGAAGACGCUGAUGUAUGCGUGCAUCGUCUACUUGCUGCCGCCAACUAUGAUGUGGAAAAGGCUGAAAGAGGUAUUAUAUGUCUUGAUGAGGUGGAUAAAAUCGCGACUGCUCGUGUCAGUCACGGGAAAGAUGUCAGCGGAGAAGGCGUUCAGCAAGCUCUUCUCAAAAUCGUCGAGGGGACUACCAUACAAGUGCAGGCUAAGCCUGAGAAAAACAGCUCUCGGCCUGCUGGAGGUGCUCCGGGAUCUUUCCCACCUGGUGCAGCUCCAGGUUCUGGCUUCAAUUCCUCUUCGACUGCGUCUGGCCCACCACCACAAAAAGGUGAAAUAUAUAAUGUCAGAACCGACAAUAUCCUGUUCAUAUUCUCCGGUGCCUUUGUCGGGCUCAACAAGAUAGUUAUGGAUCGUAUCUCAAAAUCGUCAAUGGGAUUCGGCCAGCCGGUCAGAGCAUCUUCCGGUUCGUCAGGCAACAGCAGCUCUUCAAGUGAUGCAGCCGGCCAACCUAUGCCUAUCACCCCGGGAUCCGAAGAAGAAGCUCUAUACAAGAAACAUUUACCAUUCUUCACAUCCGCAACCCCUCCCAACUCACAAGAAGAACCCGUAUACUUCAACCCCUUAGACCUUUCGACACCUUCAGACCUACAAAAAUUCGGCUUCAUCCCCGAACUUGUCGGCCGUAUACCGGUCACAACCGCACUCUCAUCCCUAAGUCACUCCCUCCUCCUCCGCAUCCUCACUGAACCGCGCAACUCCCUCAUAACCCAAUAUGAAACCCUCUUCGACCUCUCCGGCAUAAAACUAAGCUUCACCACCCCGGCACUCCACAAAAUCGCCUCCAACGCCCUGACAAUGGGCACAGGUGCCCGCGCCCUCCGCACUGAACUCGAAACCAUCCUGUCGGAUGCAAUGUUUGAAGCACCCGGCUCAUCCGUGAAAUUUGUCCUGGUCACUGAGAACGUAGCAGACCGACAAGAGAAACCAAUAUAUUUCGGUCGUGGCCAGGGAAGUAGAUUCCAUUCCACGAUUGCAGCUGAAGAGAGUGACUGGGAGAAUAAGAUGCAGAAGGAUAAGAAACAGCGAAAUCCUACCAACAAUAACAGUGGCGGCGGCAAUGGAGGGAAUAACGAUCUGUUAGAAGAUGGAAGUUUGCCUGACUCUGUAUUCCGCGUCGCCGGUCUUUCGCUGAGACCUGGUCGUGAUGCUGUUGCAGCUUUCGAUGCAGGUGCUGAUACUGGUAUUGUUCUGGAUGAAUGUUUUGCUGAUGAGGGUGCCGGGAGUGUAGCAGUAGCAGAUUUCGAUGGCGAUAAUGCUUCUGCUGCUGAUGACGUCGAUGCAACACCCUGA